AGGCCGGGCCGGGCCGGGCAUGGCUGAGGGGGCGGCGGGGCCGGGCGGCGCCGAGCGGUACUUCACACGCUGGUACAAGCCAGACGUGAAGGGGCGGCCGUGCGAGGACUUCUGCGUGCUGCAGCACUCCAACAGAAUUUGUGUCAUCACCUUGGCAGAAGCCCACCCUCUUCUUCAAAGUGGGAAAACAAUUAAAAACAUUAAUUACCAAAUCAGUGCAAACUGUAGCAGACUCCAGAAUAAGGUCUCCGGGAAGUCAAAAAGGGGAGCUCAGUUUUUAACAGAACUUGCCCCUCUGUGCAGGAUUUCUUCAUCAGAUGGAGAGGAAUACACCAUUUACAGUUGCAUACGAGGGCGGUUGAUUGAAGUGAAUGAGAACAUCCUUAGUAAUCCUGCUCUUCUGCAAGAAAAGCCAUCAACUGAGGGGUACAUCGCAGUGGUUCUACCCAAAUUUGAAGAAAGCAAGAGUAUAACUCAGGGACUUCUGACGCAGAAGGAGUAUGAGGAAGUUUUGUUGAAACGCCGCAGUUCUGCUUCAUGAAAUCAAUUCUACACUUCCCGUCUGUGUUUGAUACUAAAUAAGUGACUUUUAUUGUACACUGUGAGUUUUAUAGUAUUGGAAAGGCCUAGUGCCAGAUUUUAAAAGUGGAACUAAACUCCUUGAUUCAUAAAAGAAUAAACCAGUUCAAGUAGUUUGGAUAUUAAAAUUUCUGUAAAAACUUGAUAUAAAAUUUCUUAUUCUCUGAAUUCUAGCACUAUAGGUUUUUAAAUAAGUUCAGAAUGACAUGUUGGAGAUAAUUUAUGUUCCACAAUCAGCUUUGCUUCUGCUUAAUUCAAGCAUAGUACAUACAGAAAAAUCAUAGCAUUUAGCUAUCAUGUAAUUUAGCUAAACUAAUACAAUAUAGGUGUAUGGAAAAUAAAAAUGCAACAAAAGCCUAUGUACAAAGAGCAGAUAAACUUGACAAUACAUAUUUCACACCAAGUUGUACUUUCGUAGUAUCCUGAAGUCAAAUAAUGCCCUUUGUACAGAAUUUGUAAUGAUCAGUAUCUAUUUUCUUCAAUUUUAGAUGGCAUAAUGUCAAGUCUGCAUAAUACUUCAGUGGUUCUACAGGCAAUUCAGAUUCUGCUCACUAAGUUUUAAUAAAAAAGAAAGCAACAACUGCCAUCUACAAAUAGGGUAAAAGAAAAAGUGUUUGAGUUAAGACUAUUAAUCACUUAAAAAUACAGUUUUUGUAGAGAUGAAUCAUAUCAAGAUUAAAAUGCAGCUAUUGAAAGAGGUUUUUUUUUUUCCCUAGGACUACUUCAUUGCAGGUAUAACUUGUAACUAAGGUAUCAUUUCAGUGCUUCAGGCCACAGCCUUUCAGACUAUAUUCCUGAUUCUGCUUUAUCAAAUACAUAGACUGAAAUAGGCCAGAGAUGAGUUUACAGACUUCAACAGUAGUGUUACAUAUAAUGUAUGCAGCACGGGGGUCUUUACAUAAAAUGUCUACUAGCAGCAUCUUUGGGUUGACACAUCCAUUAAGACAUUCAUAAGCAUUAAUUACAAAAUCGGUAUCAAUAGUGAGUAUAGGAAAGGCAUUCACAUUAUAAAAAUACAGAACAUUUAGAUUAGCUGGUGUUUUAAUGGCUAAGUAAUGGGACAUCUAUUAGAUGUGACAAAGGUCAACAGUUUUAUAUCAAAUUAACCUGGCUUGACUUUCCACAAAUGAAAGCAGUAUUGAAACUUCAGCAAGUGUUACAUUUUCA